UUACCGACUUUUAUGGUAACUAAAACAGCUCGACGGCCUUCAAGAGCCGUCAAGGCAGUGCCCUACUCGUCAUGCUGUUAAGGGUAGAAUUGACUAUCACCUUCAGUUUGUGGGUAUAAAAGGGAGAACCUAUCUUCAGAGUUCCUCGUCAUGGCGGGACUCGCUUUCCUACUCAAACAACUCGGUUGUGCAUGUGUCGUACUCUUACUCUGCGUGUCGUUCGCCGGUGCCCACUAUUGUCGAACGGUUCCUGGAGACCCAAGCUUUCCGUCUGAUGAAGAAUGGAAGAAUCUGAAUUCUUCUGUCUCUGGAAGACUUGUCAAAGCGGUCCCAUCAGCCCAGUUUUGCAAUAUGCAUGGCGGCUGCACUGACGCGGAAUGGACCAGCGCGGCUUUUCGCGCCGAUAUACCUGGAGCCAUGAAUCAGGUCAAUUGGGAACAAGAUUACGAAUCCAUCCCUCCGUCUAUAUGCGAGAGGAAUUCGACAGUUUGUGGUCAGGGCAAUGUUCCCAUUUACGCUAUUCUAGCGGAGUCUAUCGAGGACGUGCAGAUUGGCAUCGCUUUUUCAAGUACUCACAACCUUCGAUUGGCGGUUAAAGCAUCUGGCCACGACUAUCUGGGACGCUCUACUGCACGCAGUUCGCUUCUUAUUUCUACGCACAAGUUUCAAAAUAUCACUUUUGCUGAAAACUUUACUGUCGGCGGGUAUAACGAAGGAUCGGCUGUCACUGUUGGCAGUGGAGUCCCCUUGAACACUUUGUACCAGGCAGCUAAGGAACAAGGAAAGAUCUUCGUAGGUGGUGUUGCGGCGACUGUCGUUGCUGCUGGCGGCUACGUUCAGGGAGGCGGCCAUUCAGCGCUCUCGCCCCUGCUGGGCCUGGCUUCAGAUAACGUCCUCGAGUUCGAAGUCGUGACUGCUAACUCAACAUGUCUGAAAGUGAACGAGAAAGAGAACGCCGAUCUGUUCUGGGCAUUACGAGGAGGCGGUGCAGGAUCAUGGGGUGUUGUCGUGUCGGCCACAUUCCGCACUUUCCCAACAUUCAAUGCUACAUAUUCGCUCGUAUGGAUGGUCGUUAACGACACUGCGGCAAUUGGCUCAAUCAUGGCGUCGCACGCCAAGCAUAUCUUCGAUUGGGACGACCUACAUAUGGGCCAAUAUUUCUAUGUCUACAAAAAUGCCACGGCUGAUCCAUAUACUACGCUUGCUUUCACUUCCUUUUUCCCCAGAGUCUCCCCUGUUGACGCUGCCGCUGCUUUGAAGCCAUUCCUAGAUGACGCUCAGGAGUUUGGGCAGAUUGUUUCGCAGCAGCUCGAUGAGCUUAAUAUAAACGAUGGGGUUACCGCAGCCGACGACGUAGUUGGCGAGAACGGUGUGCUAGGUUCAAGACUAAUCCCAGCCAGUGCGUAUCGUGAUCAUCCUGGUAUCGUCGGCCAAGUGUAUACCCAGCUUUUUGAUGCUGGGGCUGAUGCUGUCCUUGGUCACCUAGUUGCGGGAGGUAGGAACCACAUAGUUGCACAAGGCGUUCUUUGUACUCACUUGGAAUACAUCACAGGCAAGGUAUCAGAAAAUGCACAUAUUGACUCUGCUAUUCAUCCCGCAUGGCGAACAGCAAAGACACAUGUUAUCCUUGCUAACGUUUGGGAAGACUCCACAUCGCUGCCAAAUAUUUCUUCGAUUCAGAACACGUUUAAGGACACCCAGCUGCCUAUCCUCGAACAAAUCGCUGGAAUAUCUGGGGCCGCGUACUCCAAUGAAGCCGAUUCUUUGGAGGAAGACUUCAAAACCUACGUUCUUCGGACCCAAUUAUCCGCGCCUGGAAGAUAUCAAGAGGAGGUAUGAUCCAAAGGACCUGUUUAUCGUGGCUGCAGGAGUUGGCAGCGAUAAAUGGGACAAAGACGGACUUUGCAGGGUAGACUGAAGCGAGCUCACUGAUGUCGGGUCUCUAAAACCUUCUCUGUGUUGCCCGGGUAUCCUUUAUAAUGGAAAUAUCACAG